AUUGCGCAGUCCAUGGAAACCUCCAAUCUCGCUCAUUUCCCGUGAAUAUGGCUCCUCCGUCCUCCCACUGUCCGCGGAAGAAGAGAAAGCUUCCCUCGUCUUUCGCUGGCUCGAAUGACUCCCUCAUCGUCGACUCCGGAGGCAAAUCGUCCCCGGCCUUCCCCUUGGUUUCGUUUCUAUGGUCUGCGCGGGCAGGUGUUUCUCAAUGGCUCGUGCUACCUCUGAUUCUGAUGGCCGUGGGCCUGUUCCGCUGGGCUGUCAGCUUGUGGGGAUAUUCCGGGUUCGGAGUGCCCCCCAUGCAUGGUGACUUUGAAGCACAGAGGCAUUGGAUGGAAAUCACUAUUCACCUUCCCAUUUCCAAGUGGUACCUGUACGACCUGCAGUACUGGGGGCUCGAUUACCCCCCAUUGACUGCAUAUCACAGCUGGCUGUUGGGAAAACUUGGUUCCCUCUUUAACCCCGCAUGGUUUGCCCUGGACGCGUCUCGCGGCUUCGAAGAUCCCCUGUUGAAGGUUUUCAUGCGCGCCACGGUUAUCGUUUCGGAAUACCUCAUCUACAUUCCCGCCGUCGUUAAUUUCUUGCGUCGAUUCACCCGGAUGCAGAGCGUUCCCGUGUGGUCUGCCUCGAUUGCCCUCGCUGCGAUUCUCCUACAACCGGCGACCAUCCUCAUUGACCACGGUCAUUUCCAAUAUAACACGGUGAUGCUGGGGCUGGUUGUUGCGAGUUUGGAUGCCAUCCUGGCCGGACGCAUGCUGUGGGCCUGCAUCUUCUUCGUGGGAGCUCUGGGGUUCAAGCAGAUGGCAUUGUAUUAUGCCCCGGUCAUGUUCGCCUUCCUCCUUGGCGUGUGCAUCUUCCCCAAGAUCCGCUUCCUCCGCCUGAUUUCCAUCUCCCUUGUCACUCUUGUCGCAUUUGCCGUCCUGUUUGCUCCAAUGCUUAUUGGAGCGCUCAGCAUCGAAGCGCGGGAGGCCCUGGCGCUGGCCCCGCAGCCGCCUCUUCUGCAGGCCCUUCCGGUCGAGCUUGACAAGCACUCCAUGCUCUACGCGGUCGUCUUCCAGCUGACACAGAUUAUCCACCGUGUCUUUCCAUUUGCUCGUGGUCUGUUCGAGGACAAGGUCGCAAAUGCUUGGUGCGCAAUUCACACUUUCUACAAGCUUCAUCGGUUCGAGGCCACUCUACUCCAACGGAUGUCCCUCGGUGCCACGCUGGCCUCCAUUGUGGUUCCCUGCGCCAUGAUCUUCCGUCACCCGCGUGCUUCUCUGCUUCUGCCGGCCUUGUCAACCGUGGCCUGGGGCUUCUUUUUGUUUUCGUUCCAGGUCCACGAGAAGAGUGUUCUCCUUCCGUUGCUCCCCAUGACUCUUCUCUUGGCCGGAGACGGAGGUCUCAGCAAAGAGACCCGAGCCUGGGUGGGGUGGGCCAACAUGCUUGGCUCAUGGACCAUGUAUCCUCUGCUGAAGCGGGACGAACUUCGCUUGCCCUACUUCGUCAUAACACUCCUCUGGGCCUACCUGUUGGGACUUCCCCCGACCUCGCUGGAGACUUUCCGCAGCCGUUCUCAGGAAGACUCCAUCCCGGGUGCUGAACUUCAUGUGCUGACCAAGCUUCUGCAUUCCUGCUUUUACCUGGCCAUGAUCGCAUGGCACGUUCUGGAAGCCUUUGUGGCACCCCCGCCCGGCAAGCCAGAUCUGUGGGUGGUACUCAAUGCCGUGAUUGGGGCUGGAGGAUUUGGAAUUGCAUAUCUGUGGUGUCUGUGGAAGCUGGUGCAGCAAAGCUGCCGGAUCGACCAGAAGGCCGAAGAGACGGAGAAGAAGAACCAGUGAGGCUGGUGUAAUUUAUUGCAACUAUAUUCGAUUCUCUCAUGAUACCCAUUUGAUGUUCGGGACAGCCUGCACUGUCGACCGUGCGGCUUUGUGUGCCUGAAGAGAAAGCUUGCUUACAGCUGAUACAUACAUAUCCAGAACAUAACGAUAGAUAAUAUACAUUU